GCAGCAUCAUACAAUGAUUACCCAACCCUGGCUGACUAGGGUUGUUCCUCCAGAAGCCCCUUACUGUCCUAAUCUGACAGUCACAGGACAUGGGUGUCAUAUAAAGUCGAGCAUCCAGUUUGUUUAGUGGGAGGGCCAAACCUACCAUAUAAAGAGAGGCGGUGUCUGUUGUUCAGUACGGGGGAGGUGUGAGACGUAUGUCAGGAAGCUGUUGAAUCACUUCACAGACAGAAGAUGUUGAGGAUCACUGUAUGGCUGUUGGUGGGAGUGUGCGGGUUUGCAUCUUGCAACAACAUAUGCCCUGACGGGAACAUCUGCCCUGAUCUCUCCACCUGCUGUAUGACUAGAGAUGGAUAUCGCUGCUGUCCAUAUCCCAAAGCUGUGUGCUGCUCCGACUUGGAGCACUGCUGCCCCUCAGGGUUUCAGUGUAACCUGGGUACCCAGAUGUGUGAGAAAGUAAACCAGCCAUGGAUGAACAUACCCAUGGUGAAGAAGGAAGCUGCAGAGAAACCAAGCACCCUUCUUAUACCCGUCUCUCCCCUUCAGGAGCUCAAAAACAACCUAGACCAAAAAAAGAGUUCAAUUGUCCACUGUGACAACUACCAUGCCUGUCCUGAUGGCACCACCUGCUGCAGACACCCAGGAGGUGUCUGGUUCUGUUGCCCCAUCUCUCCUGGCAAGUGUUGUCUGGAUGGCUACCACUGUUGUCCAUAUGGCUUUGACUGUGACCUUACCUACACGCACUGUGUGAGGCAAGGCCUGAGAUAUCCUUUCACCCCUAAACAAGCUCUGUCUUCAGUUCCUGCCACUCUCAUUUCAACCUCAGAGGACAAAGACAACCUGCAGGAGACACCUAUGGCAGCUCUAACAGAGGCUAAUGGCGGCACCCUUGAGGUUGGAGUCAUUCGCUGUGAUUUGAAGUUCUACUGCUCAGCGGGGACAACUUGCUGCAAGAGAGCGAAAGGCCAGUGGAGCUGCUGUCCCUACCCACUGGGCCAGUGUUGUGCAGAUGGACUGCACUGCUGUGAAUAUGGAUAUACCUGUGACCCCUCCUCCAUGAAUUGCAGACAAUGGUACUCUCAGAUCCCCUCAGGAACACAAGAAGAUGCCAAAACAGACUGAGAGCAUGUUGUUAAUGUUUUUGCACCAUGAGUGCUGUGUCAUCAUUUUGGUACAGUUCAAAUCUAACCAUGUAUUACAACUUCAGUAGAGAAAAUGAACACAAACUGAUCAGAUCACAAACUGAUUAUUGUUUACAACCUCAUAUGAUUUCUCUUAUCCAUUGUGAAUUUCAUUUUUGAUGAUUGGUAAUGUAUAUCUGGUUAUCACAAGGGAUGGUAUGUCAACAUUCAUUUUCAGUAUCAUUUUUUUCUUUUUUUGGAAAUAGCCAAAUCAUGGCUAACUUUAUUCCAGCAUCAAAUCGUUUCAUGAUAUUGCAAAUAAACUGAUUUUUUUUAAAAAAUAAAAAAUAUGGAAAUGUGA